UUUAUUGUUUACCCAAGCGGCUAGCAGUGACACUCACACCCAGGUGCAGUUCUUCCUUUUUGAACCCAAAACCUCGACUGGCGUCUCCUCUCGAGACACCUGCUCCAUCCUGCGUAGCUUUCAUCCGAUAAUUGGGGGUCUCAACGAAACCAUCUAGGUUAUAAAUCUGUACAUAGUCUGGAAGUCCAAAGUGAGUGCGCCCAAAUGCCAGCCUUUAUUUAAGACAGUCCAGAGAAUUGUCUCUUUUUUUCGGCCAUGUUUCUGUGAAUGUGGAAGACCCUAAAGGACACCAGCCUUGUUAUUGUUUAAGGUGCUUGAGCAAAUGAGAAGUGAAAUGGAAAAUGCACGUGUUUGUCGGCCAGUCACGCCACAGCAUUAUUAUUAAACGUUAUUAGCUGAAUAAUAUGCAGUAACAGCGAUACAAUGGGAUCGGUGGAGUCCUACUUUGGUCAGCUGUGUGGGCAGCAACAAAAGAAAGAGGAGGAGAGACGUUUGCGAGCUAAUGACAGACCUUUCAACCUGUCCUACCGCUAUGCUAAUAAUGCCAUCAAGACGUCCAAAUACAACGUCUUCACCUUCCUGCCACUGAACCUUUUCGAGCAGUUCAGGAGGCUCGCCAACAGCUACUUCCUCUUCCUCUUUAUACUUCAGCUCAUCCCACAAAUCGCCUCGCUUUCGUGGUUCACCACAGCCGUCCCGCUCGUUUUGGUUCUCUCGAUCACAGCGGUCAAAGACGCCACCGAUGACAUUAACAGACAUAAGAGUGACAAACAAGUGAACAACCGUAAAGUCAGCGUCCUCAUCGACGGAGAACUCCAAAGUGAAAAAUGGAUGAAUGUUCAGGUUGGAGAUGUCAUUAAAUUGGAAAAUAACCAGUUUGUCACAGCAGACCUUCUUUUGCUCUCGAGCAGUGAGCCCCUAAACCUGGUCUAUGUGGAAACAGCAGAACUGGAUGGUGAAACCAAUCUGAAGGUGAAACAGGCACUGACUGUCACUGGAAAGAUGGGAGACAACAUCGAAGCACUGGCCAGCUUCACAGGUGAAGUCAGAUGCGAAUCCCCAAACAAUCGCCUGGACAAAUUCAAAGGGACGCUCGCAGUAAAUGGACAAACAUACUCUUUGGACAAUGACAAAGUGCUUCUACGUGGGUGCACUUUGAGAAACACAGAGUGGUGCUUUGGAUUGGUUAUCUUUGGAGGUCCGGACACAAAGCUGAUGCAGAACAGCGGAAAAACAACAUUCAAGCGCACAAGUGUUGAUCACCUCAUGAAUGUCUUGGUGCUUUGUAUCUUUGGCUUCCUGGCUUCCAUGUGCUCGGUUCUGACCAUUGGCAACGUGAUCUGGGAAGUGAAGGAAGGCUCUGCGUUCACUGUGUUCCUCCCUCGGGAGCCUGGCGUCGAUGCACCUCUCUCAUCAUUCCUCACCUUCUGGUCUUAUGUCAUCGUCCUCAACACGGUGGUGCCUAUAUCUCUCUAUGUCAGUGUGGAGAUCAUCCGUCUUGGGAAUAGUUUCUACAUUGACUGGGACAGGAAGAUGUAUUAUGCCAAGAGUGACACUCCGGCUCAGGCGAGGACCACCACUCUAAAUGAGGAACUGGGUCAGAUCAAAUAUAUCUUCAGCGACAAAACUGGCACCCUGACGCAGAAUAUCAUGGCAUUCAAUAAGUGUUCCAUCAAUGGCAAAAACUACGGUGAGCUAUUCGACUAUUCAGGACAAAGGAUGGAAAUAACAGAGAAGACACAGAGGGUCGACUUCUCGUGGAAUCGGCUGGCCGAUCCAAAGUUCAUUUUUCAUGACCACAGCCUGGCAGAAACUAUCAGGGAGGGCAACUCGGAGGCUCAGGCCUUCUUCCGGCUGUUGGCUCUGUGCCACACUGUGAUGCCUGAGGAAAAGAAAGAAGGCGAAUUGUACUACCAGGCUCAGUCCCCUGAUGAAGGUGCUCUGGUCACUGCUGCAAGAAACUUUGGCUUUGUGUUCCGUUCACGCACACCGGAGACCAUCACAGUUGUGGAGAUGGGCCAACAAGUCGUCUAUGAACUUUUGGCUGUUUUGGACUUCAAUAAUGUGCGCAAGAGGAUGUCAGUCAUAGUGCGUAACGCUGAGGGGAAGUUGACUCUAUACUGCAAAGGAGCAGACACCAUCAUCUACGAGAGGCUUCACUCCUCCUGCAACAAGCUAAUGGGCGUCACCACCGGACAUCUCAAUGAGUAUGCAGGCGAUGGUCUCCGCACAUUGGUUCUGGCUUACAAACAUUUGGAUGAGCACUAUAUGAAGGAGUGGAUGCAGCGUCACCACGAGGCCAGCACCGCCCUCGACGGAAGAGACGAGAAACUUGAUGAACUCUAUGAAGAAAUUGAAAAAGACUUGUUGCUUCUGGGAGCAACGGCAGUAGAAGACAAGUUGCAGGAUGGUGUGCCUCAGACAAUAGAGCAGCUAGCCAAAGCUGACAUAAAAAUCUGGGUAUUGACCGGGGAUAAACAGGAGACUGCAGAGAACAUCGGCUAUUCUUGCAACAUGCUGCGAGAAGAGAUGAAGGAUAUUUUCACGGUGUCAGCAAAUACAGCAGAAGGAGUCAAAGAGGAGCUAGUGUGUGCCAGGAGGAAAAUGUGUCCCUUGGCAGCAGAGGCACCAACUGUGGCCAAAGCUCGUGCAGGUCUCUUCUGGCUUGAAAAGACAGAAACCGUGCAUGAUGACAAAGUGGAUGGGGAAUAUGCACUUGUUAUAAAUGGACACAGUCUGGCCUUUGCCUUAGAGAAAGAUCUGGAGUUGGAACUAUUAAGGACAGCAUGCAUGUGCCAAACCGUGAUCUGCUGCAGGGUCACCCCACUACAGAAAGCCCAGGUUGUUGAACUGGUUAAAAAAUACAAACAGGCGGUCACCCUAGCCAUUGGGGACGGGGCCAACGACGUCAGCAUGAUCAAGGCUGCACAUAUUGGUGUCGGUAUCAGUGGUCAGGAGGGCAUGCAGGCUGUUCUGUCCAGUGACUUCUCCUUUGCCCAGUUCCGCUAUUUGCAGCGUCUGCUGCUGGUGCACGGGCGCUGGUCAUAUCUGCGCAUGUGCAAGUUUCUACAGUAUUUCUUCUACAAGAACUUCACUUUCACCUUCGUACAUUUCUGGUACGCCUUCUUCUGUGGCUUUUCUGCACAGACUGUGUAUGACGAGUGGUUCAUCACCAUGUACAACCUAGUGUACACAGCCCUCCCUGUCCUAGGCAUGAGUCUUUUUGACCAGGAUGUGAAUGAUCGCUGGAGUUUCCAGUAUCCACAGCUAUACUCCCCGGGGCCUCUGAACAUUUAUUUCAACAAGAAAUUAUUUGUCCAUUGCAUGAUGCACAGUUGCUACAGCUCCCUCAUCCUCUUCUUCAUUCCAUGGGCGGCGAUGCAUGACACAGUCCGAGACGACGGCAAAGACAUUGCGGAUUAUCAGUCCUUUGCUUUACUGGCACAGACGUGUUUGCUUGUCGUGGUCACCAUCCAGCUGUGUCUCGACACCCAUUACUGGACAGCUGUCAACCAGUUUUUUGUGUGGGGCAGCCUUGCAGUCUACUUUGCUACCACGUUUACUAUGUUCAGCAAUGGCAUGUUCCUAAUCUUCACCUCCGCAUUUCCCUUCAUCGGUACAGCGAGGAACUCUCUGAACCAGCCUAAUGUGUGGCUGAUUAUACUCUUGACAACGCUCCUCUGUAGUCUGCCUGUGGUGGCUUACCGUUUCACUGUCAUUCAGCUUCAUCCAACUGUCAAUGACAAGGUGAGACAUAAGUUGCGGAAGGAGGCGCUGCCAGGCCCCGCGCCUCGUCGUCCGCCGGUCAGACGAAUCAGCACCAGGCGAUCGGGCUACGCCUUCUCUCACGUGCAAGGCUAUGGCGACCUGGUGACAUCGCGAAGAUUCCUGCGUCCUCGAAAGAACCGGCCCGCCUUGUUCAAACAAACUGACUCCCCUCUGGCACAGAACCAGCCACAACACUACCGCACCAUCACAGAGGAGCCAGAGCAGCCCAUGUGCCACUAGAUAAAAGGUACAAACGUGAUGAGGUUUCGGAAGGGUGGGGGGGGGGGGGGGGGCUCAUGAGAAAAAUCGCUGCAUGGAUGGGUUAUGAGACAAACUGUUAUACAGUUAUGUGUACUGUAAAAGUACAACAACAACAACAAAAUAGAUGUUUAAAAAGAGCAUGGAUUU